UAUUCGUUUCACCCAAUUAUGCGCCGCGUAUUAUUUCUCCCCGACUGUGCAUCACUUGGGCGUGGAUCUAUCUACCACACACACACAGUGGGCUCUUGCUUCUCUAGUAGAGUCUAAUUGAUACAUUCCUGACAUCAUUGUCUCGGCAACUACAUCCGAUUUUCAAACUGCGCACCUGCUCGGCACCGUCACCAUGUCCAAAGCAGGAACCUGGAUAAAGAUGGUGGUCGUUGGCGCGGUGAUCUGUGUCGGCGGCCCGGCUUUCGUCCAAUCGAUCCGUCCUACGGACGAGGAAUUGUUCAAGCGGUAUAACCCCGAACUCCAACGGCGGAGUCUGGAAGAGGGCGAUCGUCGCGCGCAGGAGUUCGAUGAAUAUGUGACUCGGUUGAAGCAGUGGUCCAAGUCUGAUAAGUCGAUUUGGGUUGCGGCUCAGGAACAACAGGAGCAGAUGCGGACACAGGCUGCGGCGCAACGGAGUCAGGCGAAGGACGAAGCAAAGGUCCAACGUGAGGAGAUGCGCAAGGAGUUGCUGGGUGAGAAAUAAACCUCGCUGACCUGCGCGGAAACUGCAUGUUCGGAUCGAGUGAGAUGAGCAAUAGUCGGUUGAUAUUAGGGAAUAUUGGGUAUUGACAUUUCUCUUUACCCUGAUCUGUAUUUAUACCCAUGGUCACUGGACUUAGGGGGAGAAAAGCUUUGUGCACGAAUGAUGGGCGAGUUCUUUUUUUCACCGGGAGUUAUCGGGCUGGGCGCUUUCUUGUUUGGAUGUAUAAAAAAAUAUGGAUGAGAUGAUUGUAUAGUAUUACCUACAGGUAUAUUUUGCAGCCCUAUUCUAUCACCUGUCGACUACGUGAUCCAAAUCUAUAGUCGAUUGGAGUACAAGAAUGCUCGCUGGAUAUAAAGGCAUACAUUGGUAUAUUGUCA